AUGACCAAGCCUGCUCGGCAAAAGGUUGGCAACAAAACAUGGCUGUGGACGGAACGUGUCAGAGCUGAAGUACCUGAGAAGAAAAAGCAAUACAACGCAUUUCUUCUCGAAAAGACAGCUGAUAACCGCCAGCGCUAUCAAAUAGCGAAGAAACAGGAAAAGAAGGCCGUCGCUUUUGCCAAGGCAACUCAUUUGCCGAUCACGACGGGGAACUGUAGUCUCGCGAAGGCGAGCGGAGACAGUUACGGUUUUGAAGAGGAUGAAAUCAGGCAAAGCAAAUGGUCCUGUCGAUUUAGCAUCGGAAUUGUGGAAAUCAAAGAGCUGGAAUACUACAGGGUGGUUGCCGGAAUUCUUCAACCAGGUCGUUGCAAAGAAGGGGCCUGA